UGUACUACUACUUAUUCCAUUCAAAACUAUACCCAACCAGAGAAAAAUAGUAAAUCACAAAAAGCAAAGAAUCUUCGAGAUCGGAGGGUCACGGUGGUCAUUUCGAGAGUAAACUGGAGAUGAACAUUAACAUACCAAGAGGCAAGAAAUCCCACAGCACACAACAAACAACCUCGUUGUCCCCUUUUUGAGUUCCAAUUUUUGUUGUUGUACUUUGUUGUUGUGUUGAAAGCCUAAAAAGUGAAAAAAGAAAAAAGAGGCUGAAGAAGAGUAAUCAGCGUUGAAGAGCGUGCUGCAUUAUUAUUAUUAUUAUUAUUAUUAUUAUUAUUAUUAUUAUUGUCGUUGUUGUUGAUCGGUAAAUGGAGAGAAGAACUCCGGUGAGGAAGCCUUAUACUUCUUCUACUGCAGAUCUUCUUACUUGGUCUGAAACUCCACUCUCUGAUUCUCAACCUCCUGCUUCUGCCCCUCGUUCUCACCAGCCGUCGGAUGGGAUCACCAAGGUCGUGUUUGGGGGUCAGGUCACUGAUGAAGAGGUCGAGAGCUUAAACAAACGAAAGCCUUGUUCAGAUCAUAAAAUGAAGGAGAUCACUGGGAGUGGAAUCUUUGCUGCUAAUGGAGAAGAUGACACUACAGAAGUUGGCAGUGUCAAAACUCCCCCAAACAAAACAGGGCUACGCAUGUACCAGCAAGCGGUUGCAGGAAUCAGUCAUAUCUCUUUCAGUGAGGAGGAGAGUGUUUCUCCUAAAACGCCAACCACUUUGCCUGAGGUUGCCAAGCAGCGGGAGCUAAGUGGAACACUGGAAAGCGAAGAUUGUAAGAUAAAGAAACAGCUUUCUGAUGCAAAGUGCAGGGAGCUUAGUGGUCAUGACAUAUUUGCUCCCGCACCAGAAAUUAAACCCCGGGCGGUAACUCCUCGCAUACACGAGUUAAAAGGGAGCAUAGACAUUGGAGAACCUGCUGCACUACAUACUGAUGGAGAUCAAGGCAUUAUUAAGUCCACUGAGGAACCAGUUAUGAAGACAGCAAAGAAGAUUUAUGACCAGAAAUUUGUAGAACUUUCAGGAAAUAACAUAUUCAAGGGUGAAGCUCCAAAUUCCUCUGCUGAGAAAUCAUUAAGUGGGGCUAAACUGCGAGAGAUGAGUGGCAGUAACAUCUUUGCUGAUGGGAAGGUAGAAUCCAGAGAAUACCUAGGUGGCAUACGGAAGCCACCCGGUGGCGAGAGCAGCAUUGCCUUGGUGUAACUUAGGUUUAACAGAACUGUUGUCAUUACUGUCUUGUUUUGUUUAAUUAAUUUUUAAUGGGAUGUGCUAUGUUAUUUGACUUUGUAUUCUGAGCUUUUGGGAAUUCAUAUUUUAGGUUUCUUAACCAAAAGGGACCA